UAGUCUUCAUUGAAGUCAACAUGAAGGUACUUGUUGUAUUCGCUCUGGCCUUGGCCUACGCCUCGGGAUCGGCACUGCGUGCUCCCUUUGAAGUGAACGUGGAGCCUGAGUUCCGCAAUGUCUACAUGCCCGUUGUGGACGGACCUGAUGGUCGCAUCACCAAUGGACACGACGCCAGCGCUGAUCAGUUCCCCUAUCAGGCUGGUCUUUCUCUGAAAAUUGGCAAGUCCUCCGCCUGGUGCGGUGGCUCCGUGAUCGGACACGAAUGGAUCCUGACUGCCGCUCACUGCACCGAUGGUGUCGAUUCUGUCGAUGUUCAUUUGGGCAGCACCGUCCGCUCGAGCCCCAAGGUUAAGCACAGCGUCAGCAAGGACCACAUCAUCAUCCAUGCCGGCUGGAACUCCAAGACUCUCGCGAACGACAUUUCCCUCAUUCGCAUUCCAUACACCGACUUCAGCGACGCCAUCCGUGCCGUUGAGCUGCCCCGUCUGGAGUCCCACUACUCCACUUAUGUUAACGAUGAGGUCGUUGCCUCCGGCUGGGGCCGCACCUCCGACUCCUCCAGCUCUGUUGCCGCUCAUUUGCAGUACGCCGACAUGAGAAUCAUCUCGAACGACGCUUGCAGGAAGACCUAUGGUCUGACCAUCCGUUCCUCCAACAUCUGUGUGUCCACCCCAGCCUCCGUUUCCACCUGCAACGGUGACUCUGGCGGCCCAUUGGUGCUCAAGGACAGCAAGGAGCAAAUCGGUCUGACCUCCUUCGGCUCUUCUGCCGGUUGCGAGAAGGAGCUGCCAGCUGCCUUCACCCGUGUCACCAGCUACUUGGACUGGAUCAAGGACCACACUGGCAUCUCUCGUUAAGUUGAAAAAUUGGAAAAAUGUGAUCGCAUUUUUUUUUUAUCAAAUUAAAGAAUAUGAAAAAAAA